AUGGUUGCUGGUGCCGCUGCUGCCAUCCUCAUGACCGCCCCCGCCGCUGAGGCCGGCGUGGUGUACACGGAGAAGCCCCAGCUGAAGAACUUCGCGGAGGAGGCCCCGAAGCCGGAGAAGAAGAAGAAGGAGAUGAAGGCUCCGGUCACCAAGGAGCAGAAGGCCGCGGAGGCGAGCGCGCCCAAGCCGAAGGUGGAGUCGAAGUCCGAGGGCCCGGAGCUGGACCCCCGCCUGGUGGGCCUGCCUGGCUCGAUCGCCGUCAUCCUCGGCGGCGGCUUCCUGCUGUCGAAGCUCGACCCCGAGUUCGUGGAGUUCAUGGACGAGGCCUCGUGCAAGGACUCGACCUCCUUCGCCGGCAACGAGGUGGCCCUGAAGGCGGAGGGUGGCCCGGCCGUGGGCAAGCCCAAGCGGGCCGGCACCGGCCUCUUCGGCAAGAACUAA